AUGAAGUCUCCAGCGAUAAUAAGCGAGAACAGGUUCUUUGGAAGCAUUACAAGUUCUUCGAUUAGAAACUUGCUUCCCAGAUCCAUCUCAGCCAAACACAAACCCAGAUCCAACCAAGAGAACGCCAUUCCUCUCGAUCCAAACAUACACGCUCAUGAAACCAAGGAUGGUCAAACCCUAGCGAAACUCCAAGAGCAUAUUGAGGACAAGAAAAUCGGACCAAUCCCUCUUUCUCAAGACAAGCAAAAUCUCGAGAAUUCAACAUUAAUCAAGGUCGAAGCCACGAGUGUACUCUCUGGAAGAAGAACCAAUUCAGUUCCUUGUGAAAUCACAGAGGAAGAAGAUGACCAAUUGGGCGACCAGAUUCGACAACUAAAGGAACAACUUAUAAGAACAAAGUCUGAUGGGUACAAACCUGAUGGAAGUAAGACUGGACACUUUGCGCGUGACAGUUUGAGUCAACUGAGACUCAGUAUCAACAAAUCUUUACUCAUGUCGCACAACAAAAAAGACGAAUCCGAGGCGAAAGAGAUGAAUGUAGAUCAUUACGAUGAUGUGCUCGAAUUGAAUAAACAUAUUGAGAAGUUUCAUGGCUCUUGUGAUUCUGUUCACUCCUCAUUUGCAAGUGCUUCAUGCUGUGAAGCAGACUCGAUGAGUGGAGAUGAUGAUAUCUGCUCAGAAACCUCGGAGAAACCUACGCAUAGACGCCUUAAAGAUGUUGACUUUGUAGAUGAUGAUCCAAGCCAGAUUGACAAUGUGGGAUUCGAUACAGCUGGUAGUGGCAUUUCAAUCCGUUCACAGCUUCCUACAUGCAUUCUAGAAGAGCCAAUUUUCUCAGAAUCUCCUAAAAUUAAGAAUGUUCAGAAGAGCAUUGCUGCAUCGACAAAGUUUCUAGCAAGUCCAAGGAACGUGUCUGAGAGCACCACCAUUGGAAACAUGAAGGUUGAUCAAGUUAGCCCUUCUAUGUCAAAGAAGCUUUCAGGUCCUACAGAUUCUCUAGCUGCUAGUCUUCAGAGAGGACUGCAGAUUAUAGACUAUCAUCAACGGAGCUCACUGUCAAAAAGUUCUUCUGUUUCCUUCUCUUUUGGUCAUAGUGCAUUGAAACCUUGUGCAGAAGCUGAUCACCUUUAUGCUUCAGUUCAAUCGUCAAGAAAAGAUAAACAUCUAGAAAGUGGAUUAUCGUCGAUUCUCUUAUGUCUUUCAUGCAGAAAGAAACUUGACCAUGAGGAUGAUGCAACAGAAGAAGCUGGUUCAAAUGAAAAACAUCUCAAGAACUUGUGUAUGGAGCAAGCAACCAAAAUUGAGGAGUUAACUCGCCUGCUUAGUAAAUCAGGUGAUGGAGCAGAUGGAACAGACGUCAUGAAAGAAACAUAUGAGACGAAACAAGUUAGCAAAGAGUUUGGAAACACAACCUUUGAUGUAAGUGAAAAGGAAGCUCUUCUCAAGGAGAUUGCAGAGCUAAAGAGCAAGCUGAAACCUACCAAGUCUGCAGAUAAUCUGAGAUCCUCUCUGCUACUACGUUCUAUUCAAAUGUGCAAAAGCAUUGAUGUUACCAAGAACGCUGAGAACAGUGAUGUCCUAGAGAAAGAGCGGGAAAUGUGGACAGAAAUGGAAAGUGAGUGGAUAUCAUUAACAGAUGAUCUCAGAAUGGAUAUUGAUAACCAUCGCAGGCACGCAGAGAAUCUAGAGAUUGAGCUCAAACAAGAGAAGUUAGCCACUGAAGAGUUGAAUGAUGCGCUCACUAGAGCUGUUCUUGGCCACACUAGAUUCAUAGAGCAGUACACAGAGCUGCAGGAGAAGUACAAUGAACUUGGGGAGAAGCACGGUGUGAUGAUGGCUGGAAUAACAGAUGUAAAGAAAGCAGCAUCAAAGGCCGCUAUGAACGGUCGGCAUGGAAAGCGUUUCGCCAAAGCCUUUUCAGCUGAGCUUUCUGCCAUCAGAGCUGAGAAGGAGAAAGAAAGAGAGUUCUUGAAGAAGGAGAACAAGAGCCUAAGAACUCAGCUUCGAGAUACAGCGGAAGCUGUCCAAGCUGCUGGUGAAUUACUUGUCAGACUUAGAGAAUCUGAACAAGCCUUACAAGUCUAUGAGGAACGAUUCAACGUGGUGGAAGAAGAGAAAGAGAGGCUGAAGAACCAAAUGGAGCAGCUAAAGAGCAAACACAAGACAGAAAUGGGGACAAUGAAGCAAUACUUAGCAGAGAGUAAAUUACCAGGAUCUGCAUUGUUGCAGCAGCCAUGGUACAAGGAGGAGGAAGAAGAAGAACAAGUAUCAUCAGACUAUCGAAGAAGCGGAGCUGUGAGUUUUGAUGACUACGAUGAUGAUCAGGCUUGGAGAGCAGAGUUUGGAGCCAUAUAUCAAGACCACCAUUACUGA